GCAAGUGCAAGAGAUAGAAAGAUGAGACAGCUUGAUACAGAUGGGCUAAUAGUGGCAGAUAUCGACUUUGCAACCUUGCCAUCUUUGACUGCACAUCAAACUAGGCUGUGUGAGAGUGCAAGCUUCAGCAAGGGGAGAGGGAACUGAGUGAGAGAGUGAGUGAGUGAGUGAGUGAGUGAGUAAAGGAGAGAGAGAGAGAGAGAGACUAAACGCAAGGCUUUACAUGCACAUAUUCACACUGAACACCCUGAAUUCCCAAAGCCUGAGAGGAAGCCACAGAGAAAGCGAGGUCACUCUAGAGCAAAAAACAUCAAAGGAUUAAGGAAAUGGGAACUGUGGAUCUUGUCUUGAUUUGAUUUAGAGGACACCAAAUUUGAUGCGGUAUUCUUGUACAAGUUAAGACAGAGUAACAUCUUCACUAAAGUGAAAACAUGGAGAAACUCUCAGGCAAAGACAAGGAGCUGAUCCGGGACAGCUGGGAGAGCCUCGGCAAGAAUAAGGUACCUCACGGCAUCGUCCUGUUUACCAGGUUGUUUGAACUGGACCCAGCUCUCCUAAACCUCUUUGACUAUAAGACCAAGUGUGGAGUAGUGCCUGAGUGUCUGUCUAGCCCAGAGUUCCUGGAUCAUGUCACUAAGGUGAUGUUGGUGAUUGAUGCAGCUGUCAAUCAACUCGAUGACCUGGAUUCUUUGGAUGACUUUUUGUUGAACCUGGGCAAGAAGCACCAAGCUGUUGGUGUCAAAACGCAGUCCUUUGCUUUGGUUGGAGAGGCCCUGCUUUACAUGCUGCAGUGCAAUCUUGGAACGAGCUACACAGCUGCCCUGCGCCAGGCUUGGCUCAACUUGUACACAAUCGUGGUGGCUGCCAUGACCAGAGGCUGGGCAAAGAACGGAGAACACAAGUCCAACUAAGCAGAGUAAGACUUACCGUAAAGCUGGGCUAGAGACAACCUUGUCAGUCCUUUGGGCCGAGUUGUGAACUUACACGCCAAGUAUCUCUAACAUAUGACGUCUGAUAUAUUUGUAGAUAAAGUGGUUAGAGAUGAUGAGUACUAUUGGUGCAAUAAUUUGUAGGUUUAAAAUACAGACACAAAACACAAAUAUGAAACAGUUUAAGGCUGAGGCCUUGCAACUGGACCUUGCCUUGUAUAUAAUGGCUCAAUGUGUCUCCUAACUUUAAUGGCUGUUGUGCUGUUUUUGAUGUUUCUAUAUAAAUGUCAUGAAACAGAUUUGACUAUGCACCAUCAGCCUCUUUAACUUUGAGCAAAAAUGGCUCGACUGUUUUGUCUCUUGAAACUUAAAUCAAAUCCCAAUCUACAAAAUUAAAUGUUAUUUAAAUUAUUAUGAACCUUCAUCUGAAUUAUAAAUAUUUUCUACUUUUCUCUCCUUGUGUGAAAGUAAAAUGUUCUCUCUAACAAGGACAAAUAAGCAGUCAAUAAAGUUUUUUUAGCAAAAAAGGAAAAAGGGAUAAUCUUACAGUAAAUAUCGGGAUUAUUACUUAUGACUAACAAGGCUAAGAAUCAUCACAAAUAAUACGAUAUUAGAGACUGUUAUUUUCCAUGCCACAUUAUUACCUUACAUUUAAUUAUUUAUUUUGUAGACUAACAAAACAUGUGAACAAGAGACUGUUACUUAACGAGAAGAGACUGUUAUGGCAUACACUGAUUCAAUGACACUAAUCUAGCACUAAGCUUGUGUAAUUGAUCGCCUUACUGGUACUAAUUUAACCAGUAAAAUACAAAUUGGAUUUGUAAAAAGUUUUAUAUUUUAUUUUAGUUGAAGCUGUUUUAAAUGGCUUGUUCAUAAGUCAUAAACAGCAAUGUUGGACACAUGGCACAUGGACCAUGGCCUCUAAAUGUGAGCCCUAGUAUGUUAAAAGCGAUGAUUUUCUGUUUGCUGCUAUACAUAGUUUAAAAUUCUAACAGAAAUUAUGGUUCUCUUUAUAUAGGAAAUUUUACUACACUUAAUAAAAAUGCCAAGCAUCUUACCAUGUGCCAAGUUACAAUGACAUCAUGUAAACCAUUACAUGUUAUUUCUGCACAACUUUAUUCAAGGUACUGUCAUGUUGUGUAGUUCUUCUUUCUUGGUGUUACAGUACUGUAUUUACAGUCUAUUUUUGUAUUUUGGUGUGUACGUGAAUAGAUAUUGGUAUACUAUUAUUAUUAAGUGGUGCUGUAUAACAUUCUUCUGUAAAGUAUGGACUGAAUAUAUUUAAAAGGAUAUAAAGGAUGCUUUGGAAUAACAAUGACAUCAAGUGCAGAAAAUGAUCUUUCCCUGAUUUAAUUCACCCUAAACAGCCAAAAGACAGUAUUGGUGAUUACUUUAUUUAUUUAUUUUUGUUAUACAUUUAAUAUUAAAAAUGUGUGCACCAAAGAAGCUACUUUUAAAAUUUAUUUAACAUGGAAGUGACCAAUCUUUAUAAUAUUUCAAGCUGCUAACCUCAGAUGUUUUGGAGAGAUGAUUUUAUAUGUGCCCCCAAAAUGUCCAUUUUUCAGUGUUAUACUGUCUUGCUUCAUACAAUAAUAAUUUAAAAUGCAAAUUAUUAAUAUUUCUUUAUGAGUAUUGUUACUAAAAUUGGUGUAAGCUUCUAAAAGCACAUGACCUGUAAGAGUGUUGCUUAAAAUAAAACCUCCCUAGCGAAAUUAAGGAUUUUUUUUAAACAAACAAAAAAUUGCAGUGGUUGUAACCUUGUAAAAUACAUGUUGCAAUAUCUUAACAAUUUGGCAUUUUAUCCAAGUUUCAUCCACAGCAAAUGACAAUUAAGUUUUGAAUUUUUUUAAUUCAAAAACAUGAUAGACACUACACCUACUGUAGUGAGACACUUUUUAGCACCAAUAUCAUGUUUUUGCAAUCUCUGGUGGUGUGACCUCACAGUGACCUCUUGUUUAUCAUACAGUUACUCAUCUUAAAGCAUAUUAUUCAGGAACAAUUGUAAUUAUUCAGUAACAACAGUGAAAUUAAUAUUAAUAUAUUUAAUGAAGAAUGUGAAUGUUGAUGGUUCUUGAAAGUUUUUGAAAGUGUAGAUAUUCACAUAGCCCUAUAAACAUUGGGCUGUGUUAUGUUUUUUGUGUUGAUCUAUUUAUCUGUGAAUUGUUCUGUGAGUGUAUUGUUACAUUUAAUUCAAUAGUGUUCUUUAUUCUCUCAAUAUUCUGUAACUGAAUUGGAUGUCUACCUCACUCAUGUAGCUGCUGAGAACAGCGAUGAUAUGACCUGACUCCUCAACCAAAAAAUAUUCACGCUUCACAAACACUGUACAUCUUAUGUUUCUUCAAACAUGCUGUAACACACAUAAUACUGGGCUCUGUAAAUCGUUUCUGUCAGGAUUUGUUUAGAGCUCCUGUAUUUCAAUGACAUGAAUAAAGAAUACUCUAUGUGUCA